AUAACAAAGGCAGAGUCAGUACCCGAAGCUAAAAACCCUUACGGGCAGUCGCUUGCGACUCCCGUCACUUCUUACAAGACUUCUCAACUCAUCUCUGUCUGAAUGGGUAGAAGACGCAAAAGGGCGCCGGCCUUCGUCCUAGGCGAGGAGCAGGAAUUCCCCGGAGAGGCUGAAGGGGCUCUGGAGGGCUUCGAGGAAGCGUAUGUACAGAUCGGAGGUGUACGGAUAACAAAUCAGGGCUUUACCCCGCACGGGUCCAGCGACGGCCAGCAGCGGCAGCGGCGCACAUACGGAAGCGGUCGUGGCAGGAGGGGCGGUGGCGCGCAGGUUGGAGGUCAGCGGCGGCCCGGCACUGGCACUGGCGCCGUCGGCGGCAGUAGCAUGGGCGGCAGCGAGGACGGCUGUAGCAGCAGCAACAGCGAGGGGCUGGAUGGUGAGCUGCUGGACUACAUGAGUAAUGUGCUGGGGUCUGUGUUGUCUCCGCGCCAGGGCGGAAGCAAGGCGGGACACAGGGGCGGAGCCAGAGCCCGGCAGGACACGCCGUCGCGAGAGAGAGGUGCCACUGCGGGAGCAGCAGCAGCAGCAGCAGCAGGCGGACCGGGAGAGGCAGGCAGCUCUGAUGGGGAGGCCGAGGAGGGCGAGGAGGAGGACGAGGAGGAUGAGGAGGACGAAGAUGGGGACGAGGAGGAGGACGAGGAGGCGGCCGAGGACAACGCGAUGCUUCGGCGGCUGCUGGCCGGCUUUGCGGGUCGCGACCUGGAUGAGGAGGGCGGCAGCGAGGAGUCGGGUGGGCGCGGCAACUUGUACGAAGCUCUGCUUCGCGGCGGUGGCGGCGAUGACGACGACGACACAGGCUCCUCUGCCUCUGGCGGCUCCGACACGGACACGGACACGGGCAUGGGCGCCGCCGGCGACGGCGACGUCGGCCGGGGGCGGCGCGGCGAGGUGGCGGCUGUAGGAUACUACUAUGAGUACCGCGUUGGCGAGGACGGCCGCGAGGAGGUCGUGGUGGUGGCGGAGGACGAGCGAGAGGGCGGGAGCCGGGAGCAGCCGCAAGGCCUCGGGAUGGAGCAGCCGGGCGAAGGCCAAGGAGAAGGGGGCGGGAAUGGCGCCAGCGUCAACCGUUUUCCGUUCGUCAUGCGCAGUCGGGGCCAGGUGAGGGCGGCGGCUGCAGCUGCGGCGGCGGCCGCGGUAGGCUCGCCAUCUGCGCUGAUGGCGGCAGCGGCGAGCGGCGGCGCCACGCCAGCCCGGCCGGGCCGCUCUAGUGGCGGGCGCCAGGAUGGAGCGAUGACAGGCGGCGGCGGCGGCCAGCGGCGCAGCGGCGCCAAGGGCGCAUUCGAGGGGGCACUGCGCCCGGGCGAGAAGAAAAAACUACGCAAGGAGAAAAUACAGGCCAAGCGCUCCGCUCGGGAGGCGGCCCGCGGCUUCGAUGUGAUGUCGUUGGUGUCGCGCAUCGCCGACUUUGUGGGCGGCGGCUCUGGCGGCGGCGGCGGCGGCCCUGGCGACGUGUUGGCUCUGGAGCCGCUGGGCGCACUGGGCACGGGUGUGGCGCAGGCCAUUGCAGGCGUGUACGGACUGCGGCACGGCCUGCAGGGCUCUGGCAAAAAGAAGUUUCUGCUGCUGCAGUCCACAGACCGCACCAAGGCGCCCGAUGCCAAGACGCAGGCCAAGGUGGACAAGAUCGUGGCGGCGGAGGUGGCACGGCAGCGGCGGGGCGCGGCGGCGGGCGCGGGCGUGGGCGCGGCGGGCGCGGCUCUGCACGACGUGACGGCGGCCAGUGUGGCCGCGGCGCGGAAGGGCAAGGGCGGCAAGGGCCGUGGUGCCGGAAGUCAAGCGGCGCGCAAGGGCUCGUCGUUCAGCACGCCUGUGGCAUUCGUGAGCAGCGGCGUGCAGCGGGACGGGCCAGCUGACGACACGGACGAGGACGAGGAGGACGAGGAGGAGGGGGACGAGGAGGAGCGGGAGGAAGAGGGGGAGGAGGGGGAGGAGCUGCAGGCAGACAGCAUCAGCGGUGGCUCCAGUCCCCUGGGCGGCAGCAGCGAUGACAUGGAGGCGGUGCUGGAGGAUGCGAUGGAGGCGGUGGGGACGGCAGGCGGCGGCAGAGGCAGAGGCAGCGGCAGCGACAGCGAGGCUGGCCCGGAGGAGGAGGAGCGGUCGCUGCACGCGGGACUGGGACUCAUGGACCCUCAGCGGGCCUGGCUGGCGGUGGCGUUUGGCGGGCUGGGCUUCAGGCCGCAACAGCCGGAAGCGAGCAGAGCUCCCGGGCACGACCACCCGCACCACCCGCACCACCAGGACGACAACGGCGACGCCGGCGCAGCCGAGGCGGGCGGCACGCGGGGCGGGGGUUCGUACUUCCGCUCGCACUUCUGCCGCGGCCCCGGGUACGAAGCGGAAGAAGGCGAGCUGCCCCAGCCGGCGGCGGAGGCCGGCGAGGCCGCAGGCAGUGCGGGUGGUGCGGGCGGUGCCAGCAGCUGCGCGACGGCUGCUGCGUAUGCGGCUGCGCCGUUCGCGCUGGGGCGCUCGGGGAUCACGCAGCUGUCGCCGGGUGACGCGGCCGCGGCGGCAGCAGCUCGCGCGGCGGCGGCGGCAGUUACAGAGGCGGCAGCGGCGGCGGCGGCGGUGCCAGAAGCCAGCACGGCGGCAGUGGCGACCCAAGGGGAGAACGAUGAGUCGGAGGGACAGGGUGAUGGGCGGCAAGAGGAGGUGGAGGAGGAGGCGGUGGCGGGGCAUGCUGCGGGGGCAGCUGCAAUGGAGGAAGGAGAAGACGAGGAGGAGGACGGGGGCGACGGCGGGGGUUGGGAGCGGGACAAGAAGCGGAGAGGCCGCGGCAAGAAGGCCAAGGCCGCUGCCAAGGCAAAGGCAAAGAACGGCAGGGUCGCGGCUGCAGCCUCGGCUGCUGACGGGGCAGCGGGCGUCGCUGCAGCGGCGGCGGCGGUGCCGGCCUCUCGCUCCACAGCUGUGGCCGUGGCGGCGGCGGCCAUGGGGCAGGUCCCCACGGGGCCCUCGGGACAGCCGCUAGACCGCACGUCACACCAGGUGAAGCAGGUUGGCAAGAAGGCCGCCAAGGAGGCUCGCCGCCAGGAGCGGCGGCUGCAGGAGGCGGCGGGGCUGGCGGCGCCCGGCGGCGGCGUGGGGGUGCAGAUGGUGGUGGCGGCGGAGCUCAGCUACGAGUACGGACAUUUCGAGCGCCACGGCCGAGGCAUCGGCUCCAGGCUCAUGGAGCGCAUGGGCUGGGCGCCCGGCGACGGGCUGGGCCGCGCGCGGCAGGGCCAGGCCGAGCCCCUGCGCGCCUUCAUCCGGCCCAAGAAGCUGGGACUGGGCGCAGGGCAGCCGCAGACCUAGGCUUGGUUGUGUUGGGGGUUCCAGGAAUGGCUACGGUAGUGGGACUUAGUCAGGGGGGCGGAGGAGGUGGCGGAGGAGGAGGAGGGCGGGCAGACAGCGUCCGGCGUUGUCAGGGGCUGUAGGUUGAGCGCGAGGGAGGUGCGUAGAGUCAUCAGGCUAGGCACCGGUGUAAGUGUUGGCUGUACAGUAGUUGUAAUAGCACUCCGGGUUCAGCCAGGAUAGCAUCUCAUGCACGUUGCGGAGUUGGAGGGGGCGCCGGUUCGCCAUUGCUGCGGCUAAAGUGGCUUCGGAUACGGCUGGCUUGGAACGGGAAUGGAGAGGGGAUGAUAUCAACGCACUUCUGGUGCCGCCGCUCCCACAGGCUCGUCAGUGCCUAAGC